CCAAAACCCUGCUAAUAAUCUCAAUCGCAGUCUUCGUCACUCUCCGCCCACGUUCCCAACAGCAUGGCAGCCGCGGCUAGGCCUCUCGUCACCGUGCAAGCCCUUGAGGGCGAUAUGGCCACCGACGCACCCCCAACAGUUGCACUUCCUGAUGUCAUGAAGGCAUCGAUUCGACCCGACAUUGUCACCUUCGUUCACUCCAAUAUUUCCAAGAAUAGCCGGCAACCUUACGCAGUCAGCAAGCGUGCUGGCCACCAGACCUCCGCCGAGUCUUGGGGUACCGGCCGCGCUGUCUCUCGUAUCCCUCGUGUCCCCGGCGGUGGUACCCACCGCGCCGGCCAGGGUGCUUUUGGCAACAUGUGUCGUGGUGGACGCAUGUUCGCUCCUACCAAGACUUGGCGGCGCUGGCACCGUAGGGUUAAUGUGACUCAGAAGCGUCACGCCGUCGUUUCGGCUAUUGCUGCUUCGGCGGUUCCGUCCCUUGUUAUGGCUCGAGGUCACCGGAUUGAGUCCGUGCCGGAGAUGCCUCUGGUCGUGAGUGAUUCGGCUGAGGGUGUUGAGAAAACAAAGGAAGCAAUCAAAGUGCUGAAGCAGGUUGGUGCUUUUCCUGAUGCUGAGAAGGCAAAGGAUAGCCACUCUAUACGACCGGGUAAGGGUAAGAUGAGAAAUCGCCGAUAUAUUUCUCGCAAAGGUCCUCUUAUUGUGUAUGGAACUGAAGGAGCUAAAGCGAUAAAGGCAUUUAGGAACAUACCUGGUGUUGAGGUUGCUAAUGUGGAGAGGUUGAAUCUACUGAAGCUUGCGCCUGGUGGUCAUCUUGGGAGGUUCAUCAUUUGGACCAAGUCGGCCUUUGAGAAGCUGGAUUCUAUCUAUGGAUCGUUUGAUAAGCUAUCGGAAAAGAAGAAGGGUUACCUGCUUCCGAGGUCCAAGAUGGUCAAUUCUGAUUUAGCAAGGAUUAUCAACUCUGAUGAGAUUCAAUCUGUCGUUAGGCCGAUCAAGAAGGAAGUCAAGAGGGCACCCAUGAAAAAGAACCCACUUAAGAACUUGAAUGCUAUGUUGAAGCUGAAUCCAUAUGCCAAGACGGCUAAGAGGAUGGCUCUUCUUGCUGAAGCUCAGCGAGUGAAAGCAAAGAAGGAGAAGCUCGAUAAGAAGAGAAAGUCUGUCCCUAAGGAGGAGGCUUCUGCUAUCAAGGCUGCAGGAAAGGCAUGGUACCACACCAUGAUCUCUGAUAGUAAUUACACCGAAUUUGAGAACUUCUCAAAAUGGUUGGGUGUUUCCCAGUAAAGUCUUGUACUAUUGGGCGUCACUUAGAUUGGGUUUUAUUUCUAUUUUGUUUUGGUCGUGCAACUUAUUUGUGCCUUAAGACUGUAAUGAUAGAUGGGGCUAAAAGUUUUCGAAUAAUAGAGGUGAUUUGUUUUC